UGUACUAAAACUGCGUGUUCAGUCAAAUGCAGAAAAAAUAAGUUACUCAUUCACUCGUUCGGCAUAAACACGUUGACGCUGCGGCUUGGGCUAUCCUAAAAGGCAGGCAAACACCUACGUGAAACAGCUCCUCUCUAAUAAGGUGUAGAGGUAAGGAGUUGUAGUUCACUCAGACAGAUGUCCUGAUUUUCCUCGAUUUCACGAAGAAUGCGGGUAAAUCACUGGAUUGCAAAGAGCGGACCAAGUAGCCCAGAACUAUCCUGAAGCUUACUUGACGACGAGCAAAAAGGCAAAAAAAAUUGUUUCAUGGGACUUUUGAAGUAGUGUGUCCCUGGAAGCAGGAGUUGCACUCACAAAAUCAACUACAUUUCCUUCAGAGUAUACACCCUUCUUCGCCCGGUACCUGCGUGGAGCAGUUGUCGGAAGAUGUUGUCUGGGUUGAGCGAGUGGUUCUGGCAGGAGAGGCUCUGGUUUCCAGAGGGGCUUGGAUGGUCAGACCUACAGGAUAAGGACGGACGCGUCUAUGCCAAAGCCGCAGACCUCUGGGUGACCCUGCCCGUGGCGCUCGGUUUUCUCAUUGGACGACAGGUCUUUGAGAGAAAGGUGGCUAUUCCACUGGCUACAGCAUUAGGAGUAAAAGAGAGAAUGCGUGUAAAAGCAACACACAACCCCAUACUGGAGUCCUAUUUCUGUACGACAACUAAAUACCCCACUCAGAAAGCUGUAGAGAGUUUAAGCAGAGAAACAAGUGUCUCUGAGAGACAGAUCCAUAGGUGGUUCAGGAGGCGGCGGAACCAGGAGCGACCCAGUCAGCUCAAGAAAUUCAGAGAAGCCAGUUGGAGAUUUACCUUUUACCUUCUUGCUUUCAUUGCUGGCCUAGCUGUACUAAUUGAUAAGCCAUGGUUCUACAAUUUGGAAGAGGUGUGGAGAGGUUUUCCCGUACUGACACUGCUCCCGUCUCAGUACUGGUACUACAUGAUUGAACUGGGUUUCUACAUCUCUCUACUCUUCAGUGUAGCAUCAGAUGUCAAACGUAAAGAUUUUAAGGAACAGAUUAUCCAUCACGUUGCCACCAUCCUGCUGAUCAGCUUCUCAUGGUGUGUGAACUACAUCAGAGCUGGGACCCUUAUCAUGUUGGUCCAUGAUGCGUCUGACUACUUACUCGAGUCUGCCAAGAUGUUUAACUACGCAGGCUGGAAGAAAACAUGUAACUACAUCUUCAUUCUGUUUGCUGUGGUCUUCAUCAUCACUCGACUGGUUAUCUUCCCUUUCUGGAUCAUACACUGUACGUGGAUAUACCCAGUGACUAUAUAUCCCCCGUUCUUUGGAUACUACUUCUUUAACGGGCUGCUAUUUUUGCUACAGUUUCUGCAUAUUUUCUGGGCCAUUCUGAUUCUGCGCAUGGCAGUCAAGUUUCUGCCCGGCAAUGACAUCGUGGAGGACGAGAGGAGCGAUCGAGAAGAAACCGACGAGUCGGAGGAACAGGACGAAGAGGAUGAGGAGGAGGAGGAAGAGAGAGCGGCUAAAAUGAAGAAUGGGGCAGUGCCGAAUGGGUGUGGCCCCCUCAACAACAACCACCACCGCAAACUGGAGUGAUGGGAGCACUGGGAAAGAGGUGUGUUGUGGAUGGGAACUGGACAUUGUUAUAUUAUACUUUACAUCACGUGAAAGACCAGUAAAACGACGGAAGGACUGAGGAUGUGUAUGGUGUUGGAAGGAGGUAUUCAUUCAGACAGUGACACACCUACACACUCACACUCUCAUGCACUCCAUUAGGUAUUAUUUUACAAAACAUUACCCUGCAUGACUCUGUUGGACUGGAACAUGUAAGAUCUAAUCUGCAAACAGACAAAACACACACUCACUCAGUCC